AUGGCAGCUCCCAACCAGUCUCGAAACAUCACCGUCGUGGGCGGCAGUGGCACAGUCGGCGCACCAAUUCUCAGUGCUCUCAUCGCAGCCGGACACAAAGUCAGCGUGCUCACGCGCCCCGAAUCCAACGCCACCUUCCCCGGGACUGCCAAGGUCCACACCGGAGACUACUCCGACGAGGAGUUCGUAGCCUCCGCGCUCAAGGGGCAGGAUGCGCUGAUCAUGGCACUCAAUUACAACGUCUACGCCGCGCAGAUCCCCUUGAUCAAGGCGGCCGCAAAGGCAGGCGUGCCCUACAUUGUGCCAGCCGAGUUCGGCUCCGACGCCACACACCCGAAGCUGAACGCCGAGAUCGACCUGAUGAACGUGAAGGCGCCCUUCCGCAAGCUGAUCGAGGACCUCGGCGUCAGCAGCUGGAUCGGGGUAACCAACAACCCCUGGGUGGAGUUCAGCAUGCGUCUGGGCGUCUACGGGAUCGACCUGAAGAACAAGACUAUGAGGUUCUUCGAUGACGGGAAUGUCAAGGCCAACUUCACCACCUUGACUCGUGUGGGCGAGACCCUGGCCGCGUUGUUUGCCCUUCCCGAAGAGGAGCUGGAGAAGCACAAGAACGCUUGGCUGUACACCAGUUCGUUCUACGUCAGCCAGCGGGACUUGUUGGCCAGUGCGGCGCGCACGACCGGCACCAAGGAAGAGGACUGGGCUGUCAGCAGUGUGGCAUCCGACGAUGUCAUCGCGCAGUCGAGGGAGGCCAAGGCCAGAGGUGAUAUGAUGGGGGCCGCGAUGGCCUUGUUCGCUCUUGUCUUCAAGGAGGGCUAUGGCGGCGACUACAACGCCAAGGUGGUCGACUACAAGCGAUUCGGGUUGGAACCUGAGGAAUUGGAUGAAGUCAUGAAGAGCUUGGCAAAAGAGUUGGCAUAA